GAAAAAUAUAGCUGGAGGGGGGAGAGAAGCCAAAGCAGAGUAGAGGUGAAGUAAGGACCACAGCUCGCCCAGCUGGAAGAGGGUCAACAUGGAUUCGCAAGAACUAGACCACAGCGAGCUGAGGAGUCGCCUCUACUCCAUAUCCUCUCUCAUCUUGCCCAUCUUCAUCCUCCUCUACGUGGGAUGGAGGUUGGCCAACAAGAGGUUCAUCGAACUCGCAGAAAAGAUACCAGGUCCUCCGGGUCUUCCGAUCAUAGGAAACGCUCUCGAACUGCGAGGGACGCCCAACGAAAUAUUUGAAAACCUAUAUUCGAAGAGUGAAAUAUAUCCAGAUGUCGCCAGAGUGUGGGCGGGACCAAGAUUACUGGUUUUUCUUACAAAUCCAGCAGACAUUGAGAUUGUCCUCAGUAGCCAUGAUCAUUUGGACAAGUCUGCCGAAUAUGAUUUUUUGAGACCAUGGUUAGGAAAUGGACUUCUAGUAAGCACAGGAGAGAAAUGGCGAUCACAUAGAAAGAUAAUAGCUCCAACAUUUCAUCUGAAUGUUCUUCGCAGCUUUAUGGAAAGAUUUAACAGAAAUUCAAAAAAAACAUUAGAAAGACUAGCAAAAGAAGGAGAUAAUGAAUUUGAUAUACAUGAUUAUAUGAGUGAAUUUACUGUUGAAGUACUCAUAGAAACUGUAAUGGGUGUCAAAAAAGAGAAUGAAGGCAGGAGUUGUUUUGAUUAUGCACAGGCAGUGAUGAAAUUAUGUGAUAUUGUACACCUUCGACACACAAAGUUUUAUUUACGACCAGAUUUAGUAUUCUAUAGUUCUAAAUAUGGUUCGGAGCAAAAGAGUCUUCUCUCAGUCAUUCACGGACUUACAGAAAAGGUACUAAAGGUGAAAAAGGCACAAUUUGAAAACAAAAUACAAGAUAAACAUCAAGAAACUGCAGAAAAAGAAGUUUUGAAAGAAACAAGUGAAUCAAAAGAAGGUUUUUCUUAUGGGCAGGCCAGUGGAUUAAAAGAUGAUUUAGAUGUUGAAGAUAUAGGAGAAAAAAAAAGAAAUGCUUUCUUGGAAUCUAUUUUGGAAAGAGCAGCAAACAAUGAUUCAAUCAAUGACAAAGAAGUAAAAGAACAACUAGACACCAUUAUGUUUGAGGGCCAUGACACCACAGCAGCUGCUAGUAGCUUCUUUUUAUGUAUGAUGGCAGCACAUCCAGACAUUCAGCAAAAAUGUUAUGAAGAAAUUAUGAGAGUAUUGGGAGAUUCUGAUAGAGAUAUCACAUUUAAUGAUAUUCUUGAAAUGAAAUAUUUAGAGCGGUGCUUAAUGGAAACUCUCCGCUUAUAUCCUCCAGUUCCUAUUAUUGCAAGACAACCAAAAAAGGAAUUCAAAUUAGCUUCAAAAAACCUAAUAAUACCAGCAAACUGCACAGUAGUAAUAGGAAUCAUCAAGUUACAUAGGAGAGCAGAUAUCUAUCCCAACCCCGAGAAGUUUGAUCCAGAUAACUUCUUACCAGAAAAAUCAGCAUCAAGGCACUACUAUUCUUUUAUUCCAUUUUCUGCAGGCCCAAGGAGUUGUGUUGGUCGAAAGUAUGCUAUGUUAAAACUGAAGACAAUAUUAGCGUCUACUCUUAGGGCCUUUUAUGUGAAACCAGGAUAUACAGAAGAAGAAUGGAAAUUAAAGGCAGAUAUUAUACUCAAAAGAGCAGAUGGAUUUAGGAUUAAGUUAGAACCCCGAAAAGAAACUAAUGCAAAGAAUUAGACUAAACAAUGCAUUAAAAAUGAAACAAAGAAUUAAGAUAUCUAUGGAAAAUGGGCAAUAAUUAAUACUGUAAUAAAUUCCUAUGUAUUUCUUUUUUAAUUAUAGCCCUAUAUGAUUCAGCAUUGACUACAGUAAGAAAGAUUAAUAGUAAUUUCUCAGAUUAGUUCAAGUUAAAUGUCAGUGCCUUCAUAGAUGUAUUAGGCUAUUUCUUUAGGGUAGUUAAAUUUCUUAAAAUUGUUUAAGUUUAGUUCGAUUUAGCAUGAGAAUAGUUUCUUAUGUUAAAAAUCUGCUUAGUAAGAUGUGGUUAAUGUAAAAAUACUCAAAUUGAUUAUGUUACACUAGAUUUAAGAGUUUUUAUUCAUUUCUUCAUUUUAAAAAUGUUUUCACCCAAAAAUAGAAAGAUUUAUGAACUAAGGCAAAAAUGUAUUUGUAUAUUUUUUAUUUAGUUAUAUUCUUUUGUAUUUUUUACAAAAAUAAAAAAUAUAAAUUACUUUUUU